AUGUCAGCUAUUGGGAGUGUAUUCUUGGGAGAUUUCCAGCGACACCGUAUAAUAUCUUCCACGCCUCCGCCGUCAUCACCUCCGCCCGGCCAACUUGGACAUCAAAUGAGCUCAGAGCUGUCUGCUGAACAGCCGACUGCUGCUGUGACACCUUUAACACAACUCGAACCAUCAACUGCACCUCCCGUCAUAGAUCCCGAUGCGCGGGAUCGUAAAGGGAAGGACAAAGUGCCAGAGCUCAAGCACGGUGAAACCCUCAUUCGCUUAGCAGAAGAUGUACAACGGCGCCUCGACAACGUCAUACAAUCCAACGACGGUCUUCAGAGGUUCAUGAGCAAAUAUGACCUACAUGCCCAUCUACUAACUGCAGCAUUCGCUCUGUCAGGGGUGCUCCCUGGGCCAGCCCCGGCAUACGAAAACAUGUCCCCAGAAGAACUAGAAGCGCUCCUGAUAGAAAUGGAACCAGAAAUUCGAGCUGCGGAUAGGGACAUGCGCGAGAUCGAAAUACUAGAACAAAAAGGCGUGACAGCAGCUGGAAAACUCGCAGACUAUGAAACCUUGCAGCCUCGCUUGGACGCGCUUUUGAAAGCGCACCAGGAGGAUAUUAGAUUAGCUGCAUCGUUAGAGAAACGAAUAGCAGUUCUUGUCGACAGACAUGCUACUCAUGUGGAUGCACUUUCAGAACUCUUCGUGGCAUGGGACGACGUCCUCACCGAAACCGAAAAUAAAGUCACAAAGCUCGAACGUGAUCGCGAAGAGCGCCAACGACUAGGUUAUGAAUAG